AUGCGGGAAGGCGUGGAAGGCGGCGAGGAGGCGCCUAGCGAGGAAGCAGAGGAGGAAAUUGAGAAUGACGAGAGUGACGGGGGUGACCCCGGUUUUAACCCUGAAACGGAGGGAGGUUUGGAUGCGGAAACUGAAGAAGAGGAGGAGUUCUUGGAAUCGAAAUGCGGGGGGAAAUCAAGCAUGGAGGGGAAAUCAAGCAUGGAGGGGAAAUCAAGCAUGGAGGGGAAAUCAAGCAUGGAGGGGAAAUCAAGCAUGGAGGGGAAAUCAAGCAUGGAGGGGAAAUCAAGCAUGGAGGGGAAAUCAAGCAUGGAGGGGAAAUCAAGCAUGGAGGGGAAAUCAAGCAUGGAGGGGAAAUCAAGCAUGGAGGGGAAAUCAAGCAUGGAGGGGAAAUCAAGCAUGGAGGGGAAAUCAAGCAUGGAGGGGAAAUCAAGCAUGGAGGGGAAAUCAAGCAUGGAGGGGAAAUCAAGCAUGGAGGGGAAAUCAAGCAUGGAGGGGAAAUCAAGCAUGGAGGGGAAAUCAAGCAUGGAGGGGAAAUCAAGCAUGGAGGGGAAAUCAAGCAUGGAGGGGAAAUCAAGCAUGGAGGGGAAAUCAAGCAUGGAGGGGAAAUCAAGCAUGGAGGGGAAAUCAAGCAUGGAGGGGAAAUCAAGCAUGGAGGGGAAAUCAAGCAUGGAGGGGAAAUCAAGCAUGGAGGGGAAAUCAAGCAUGGAGGGGAAAUCAAGCAUGGAGGGGAAAUCAAGCAUGGAGGGGAAAUCAAGCAUGGAGGGGAAAUCAAGCAUGGAGGGGAAAUCAAGCAUGGAGGGGAAAUCAAGCAUGGAGGGGAAAUCAAGCAUGGAGGGGAAAUCAAGCAUGGAGGGGAAAUCAAGCAUGGAGGGGAAAUCAAGCAUGGAGGGGAAAUCAAGCAUGGAGGGGAAAUCAAGCAUGGAGGGGAAAUCAAGCAUGGAGGGGAAAUCAAGCAUGGAGGGGAAAUCAAGCAUGGAGGGGAAAUCAAGCAUGGAGGGGAAAUCAAGCAUGGAGGGGAAAUCAAGCAUGGAGGGGAAAUCAAGCAUGGAGGGGAAAUCAAGCAUGGAGGGGAAAUCAAGCAUGGAGGGGAAAUCAAGCAUGGAGGGGAAAUCAAGCAUGGAGGGGAAAUCAAGCAUGGAGGGGAAAUCAAGCAUGGAGGGGAAAUCAAGCAUGGAGGGGAAAUCAAGCCGCGGCAGCAAUCACAUUUGA